GCGGGGCUGUGUGGGGCUCGGCGGGGCUCGGCGGGGCUCGGCGGGCAGCGAGCUCGGGGUAGCGGAGGGACUGCGAGGAGAGUCCCCGGGGGCGGCCGCCGGCAGCGGGCGCCCGGCGGGGAGCGGCGUGCGGUGCUGUCGGGGCCCCCGUCGGCGGGUGGCGGCGAUGGGCAGCGUGAGGGGGCCCGGUGGGGCCGCCCUGCGUGCGGUGCUGUCGGUGGCCGCCGGGCUGCUGGCGUGCGGCGUGGCCAGCGAGUACGACUAUGUCAGCUACCAGUCAGACCUGGGCCCUUACCCUGGCGGGCGCUUCUACGCCAAACCCCACCAGUGCGUGGCCAUCCCCGCCGACCUGCGGCUGUGCCACAGCGUGGGCUACGACAAGAUGGUGCUGCCCAACCUGCUGGACCACGAGACCAUGGCCGAGGUGAAGCACCAGGCGAGCAGCUGGGUGCCACUGCUCAACAAGAAUUGCCAUAUGGGUACCCAGGUCUUCCUCUGCUCCCUCUUUGCCCCCGUCUGCCUGGACCGGCCGGUCUACCCCUGCCGCUGGCUCUGCGAGGCCGUGCGUGACUCCUGUGAGCCUGUCAUGCAGUUCUUUGGCUUCUUCUGGCCAGAGAUGCUCAAGUGUGACCAGUUUCCCCAGGAUGACGUCUGCAUUGCUAUGACAGCUCCCAAUGCCACCGAGGUCUCCAGGCCCAAAGGAACGACCGUGUGUCCCCCUUGUGACAAUGAGAUGAAGUCAGAGGCCAUCGUGGAGCACCUGUGUGCCAGCGAGUUUGCCCUUAAGAUGACCAUAAAGGAAGUGAAGAAGGAGAAUGGGGACAAGAUGAUCAUUCCACGGAAGAGGAAGGCACUGAAGCUGGGGCCCAUCCGGAAGAAGAACCUGAAGAAGCUGGUGCUGUUCCUAAAAAACGGGGCAGACUGUCCCUGCCACCAGCUGGACAACCUCAGCCACUACUUCCUCAUCAUGGGCCGCCAGGUGAAGACCCAGUACCUGUUGACAGCCAUCUACAAGUGGGACAAGAAGAACAAAGAGUUCAAGAAGUUUAUGAAGAAGAUGAAAUCGCCCGACUGCCCCACGUUCCCGUCCGUGUUCAAGUGAUGCGCUGGCGGGAGGGAGGCAGAGCGGCUCCCUGGACCUGCUCAGGUGGGCACAGCGGCUCCAUCUCGCUGCUCUGCAGCAGGGAUGCUGGAGCCCAGCCCUCCUGCUCCUCCAUCCUGCUCCUCACAGCUCCCUCACUGAUCUCAGCCCUCCCAAAGCUUGGCCUGAUGGCCUGGGCUCGUGCUCCAAGCAGUGGCUGAGGUCACACACGAUUUAUGACUGCAUUGUCUAAAGACCUGUUAUUGUACAGAUAUGUGCAACCAUUGAAAUAGCAGCUGUCAGGUAAAGAGGGCAAGCAGAGGGCUGGGAGGUGAUGUUAAGAGCUUGCAUGCUUGCAGAAAGGACCCUCGUGGACCACAUCACUCCCAUCUUCAUGGCUGCAGGAUUGCCCUGAAUUCCUGUAGGAACCAGAGCUGGCUGAUUAGACAGAGAUCCUAUCUUCAUGAUCAAAGUUAAUAAAUGAGUAGUGGAGAACCCAUUACAACCUCUGAGAAGAAUUCCUAAUAGCUAAUUGCCCUCACUGUAAAAACAUCCCCAUGAUAGUCUUAACCUGCUUAGUUUAAGCCUUAACCCUGGUUCCUUGUGGUGCCUUGUUGGGCUGGAGCCCUCCCUUACCAGCAUCUCUUGUGAUGUCCCCUGGGUGCCUGCCUUGGCAUCUGCUGUGCCAGCUGAGCCCCUGUGCUGCACCCAGGCAGCCUCUGAGCCUCCUCACUGCUGUGUGCAGUGAGGUGGUGCCCUGGCAUGGGGGGCAGGGGCAGAGGGGGCUCUCUGCCUCCACCUGUGCCUUUGGCCUUGGGCAGGCCCCUGUCUCAGCAGUGUCCAGCUGAGAUCUCCUGCCUGGGCUGAGAUCUCCUGCCUGGGCUGAGAUCCCCUGCCUGGGCUGAGAUCUGAGAUCUCCUGCCUGGGCUGAGAUCUGAGAUCUCCUUCCUGGGCUGAGAUCUCCUGCCUGGGCUGAGAUCCCCUGCCUGGGCUGAGAUCUGAGAUCUCCUUCCUGGGCUGAGAUCUCCUUCCUGGGCUGAGAUCUCCUGCCUGGGCUGAGAUCCCCCUCCUGGCUGUGGCAGUUCCCCUGCACAGGUGUCCUGAGCUGCUGGUGCCCAGACCUCUCAUUCCAUUUUAAGCCUGAGCAAAGGUUCAGCCAGCCCGGGGCUUUGGCUGGGGGGAGCUCAUGGCCAGCUCCUCCAGCUUGUGACACUCCCUCACUUCAGCAGUGAUGUUUUUAUAGCUCCUUUAGGCUGCUGGCAAAGUACCAGAGAGCAGAAGGCCAAGGACUUUUCCCUGUGGAGCCCCACAGGGAAUGGAUUGUCUCUGUCUUCCCCUCUUUGCUGUGGGACCCAGCAGUCUGGGGUUUUAUCUGUUUGAUCUCUGACAACUUGGCUCUCUAUCAUUAUGUCUUUUUUGCCCUAAUUGAAAUGUCAUGUUUGUAUGAUUUCAAAUAGUUUAUGAAAGACAAAGAAUAUCUUACCCAAAUGAUUACAUUUAUCGACCAAGCUGAAAUUCAUUAUUCUGUUAAUUGGACUGGUUCUCUUUUUCAUGGACCCAUACCACUCUGUAUUCAUUAUCCUUCCUCCUUCCAUUUAGUAUUCUCAUCCAUCACCAAUACUCUAAGAGAAUGAAUAUCUGAUGUCUGAGAUAAUCCUGUUGUAUCACAGUUAAGUGAAAUAACAAAUCCGCAUUUUUGAGGUUUGAACCAAACCCCCCUCAAAACUGGUAAAUUAAUUAUUCCUUAGCUUGGGACUGGUGCUUAUUUCCCACAUGGGGACAGAGCCAUGGACUUGGUUGUAGAAGAAUUCCAUUAACAAGCCAAGUACUCUGAGGAAUGAUGUUUCACAGCUAACAGAGAGAUGGAUUUAGGAUGUGAACUUUAUAGAGUCCCCUUAGGUUGUCUUAGAUCACCAUUUGUAGUAGUGUUGUUUCUUUAUUGCAAAAUUAAUCAUUGUAGAUAAUGUGCUUUAUUAGUGAAGUAAAGAAAUAAAUAAACCAUGGGCUUUAACAUCA